GACAAAUGUAUAUUUGGUUGAAACCCGCGUUCUUUCGGUCGGGUGCGCGUACGUUGUGCAGAAAAUUUGUUAAAUAUAGUGUUUAAAGCCAUUGCAAUUGAAUAAAAAUACUACAAAAAUAUAAUUUAAUGUAUGCUUCAAGAAUAUUGAGUGAAAUUUUAUGAAUGCCUUUUGAAUUAAUGAUCGGAAAUUGUGUAUGAAAAAAGUGAGACUCCGCUGGGCAACAGCACUGUAUACAGAGAAACUACCCGAACAAACAACGAGAAACGGCAGAAACAACAGAAAACACUACGAGCGAACAAUACCAAAAGCAAUUAACAGAUGAAGAUGUGGAAAGAAAUGUGAAUAAAAACGUAAGAAGAAUAGGAGUACGAAAUACAAAAAUUUUCACUAUUCAAUCUCGCUCGCGUGUAUAUGCGAAUUGGUUGGUGACAGAAAAAAAAGCGACAAAAGGAAAAAUUGCUGUUGCCAGUGUGCGUUCGUCUAUUUGUAUCAACGAAGAAGGAACGGUAUAGGUGCUAAGUUUUAAUAAAACCAGUUUCUCGACUGUUGUUGCCCGCGGGAGUUAAUUCUAGUAAUAAAACAAAUUAUCAAGGAUUAUAAGUGAAUAUGUUUGCAUUCUUUAGAUUCUAAUCAUAAAUACAUGCAACCAAACAAAACCAACUAACAGAGGUAUAUAAAUAAAUAAAUCAAAAAAAGAAAACAAAUUUAGCAAUUAAAAAAAAGUGAAAAAGCAGCAUUUUGUAAAGGAUUUCAAAGAAUGUAAUUUUCAAGUAUUAAACAUCCCCAUGAAUUUACAUUGAAAUGUAUAUCACCUUAAUACCAAGGCCGUAAGACUUUAAUACCUAUGUACAUACUGACGUCUCCUUAGUGAAAGCUUCUAAAUAAAUACCAUUUGUUGUUACAAGUCAUAAGAUAUACCUAUCAGAAGACACAAAACAAUUCCAAGUCAAGAUUUGCUACGAACAGGUACUCCGAGACAUUGCACGAGAUAUAGUAAUCAGAAAAAACCUAGACGCAAGCACAAUGUCCAAAAAACUAAGCUGACUUCCGAUUUAUUAGCAGUAGAUGUAUGUCAUUUUUGCCGUAAAAUGCAGCCUCCAACAACAGAGUCAGACAAAGCACAGAAGCAGCAUUAUAUGGCCAAAGAUCAUCUUACUUCAGAUAUGCCCAGCAUGAUAUACAAAUUGCUCUAUCAAAAUAAUUCCAGACCACUUCAACGGAUUUGAAAACGCAAGAUUUGCAAGACACAGUAAACAUAAACAACAUUUCUUAAUAACAAAGAAUUAAAUAUUAUAUAUAUAUAAGUGUGACAAGUGACUAUAAGGAAGGAUUUGUCAACGAAUUAGGAGGGAAGGAAGGAGGGUUCUAACCCCGAUUACCAGUCAGUCCAAAAACAACACUAGAUAAGUGUUUUUUCCACAUCCACAGAAUAAUAUAUAAAUCAAAUGGCUCCUCCUUUCUCACGUUAAAGACAGAUUAUUACAGAAAAAGCACAAACGAACUUUGUAUAGAAAUUACAAACAGACCAAAACUGCAUCACACCUUCGCUGGAAAUAAUUUUCUUUGACAACGGAAACAGAGGAGAUUAAAGCCAACAAAAUGUCACAAGAACCACCGCCCCGUAUUGAACCCUACGUGGAACCGGUCAACGGUGUAGUGCAGCCUCCAAUUGUGCCGCCACCUGACCGACCUGGCCGUAAUACAAACCAACUACAGUAUCUCAUGAAGACGGUUAUGAAAACCAUUUGGAAACAUCACUUUGCUUGGCCUUUCCAGCAGCCGGUCGACGCCAAAAAGCUAAACCUACCCGACUAUCACAAGAUCAUUAAACAGCCCAUGGACUUGGGGACAGUGAAAAAACGACUGGAAAACAAUUACUAUUGGUCGGCUAAAGAAGCCAUACAGGACUUCAACACAAUGUUUACCAAUUGCUAUGUUUACAAUAAGCCUGGCGAAGACGUAGUUGUUAUGGCCCAGACGUUGGAGAAAGUGUUCUUGCAAAAACUCGAAGGCAUGGCAAAGGAGGAAAUUGAAUUAGAGCCUGUCACCCCAAAAGGUGGCGGUAAGAAGAAAGCCAGACCAUCAUCUGCUAAGCCAGCGUCGACAAACGCAUCGCUGCAUGGGGCUUCGACAACACCGUCUGGUGCUGCGUCUAGGGCUACGGGUGGAGCCAGUGGGCGGCCGCUUUCGGCGAUGGGCGGAACUGUUUCUUCGUCUGGAGGAACACCAGGGUCUACGACUGGCAUACCACCUAUUUCCACAAUCCCUCCCCAGACAGUACCGGGAAGUACGAACACGACUACUACCGCAUUAGCGGGCGGAGCAGCUAGUACAUUGCUGCCGGGAGCAAGUAUCCUCCCAGCUAGUGGUGUAGCUAGCCAUGUUUCACUGGUGGGGUCAGGCGUUGGAUCGGGUGCCGUUGCUGGUGCAGUUGGCGUUAAUUCCAUUGAUGGCAGUGCCGCCGGAGGUAUUGGAGCGAACCCAACGGCCAUUGCUAAUACCGCGGCACCUGUACCUGCGUAUCAUGUAAAUAGUACAGCAGCAGGCGUUGAAACUGUAAUACCACCUCAGCAACCGGCUAAAAUGAAGAAAGGAGUGAAAAGAAAGGCUGACACCACCACGCCCACCGCGAAUGCAUUUGAAUCGCCCUAUGCACAAAUUGAAUCCAAAAGUGCAAAAAUCGCAACGAGGCGUGAGUCCAAUCGGCAGGUAGGCAAAAAGGACGCUGGUUACCCCAUGUCACCGAUGGGUGUUGGUGGGGUUCCUGGUGUAGCAGGAGGCGCCGUCGGCGUUCCAGGAUCGGCGAAGUCAAAGGAGAAACUGUCAGAUGCCUUGAAAUCCUGUAAUGAGAUUCUCAAAGAGCUCUUUUCGAAGAAACAUUCGGGCUACGCCUGGCCCUUCUAUAAGCCAGUCGAUGCCGAACUAUUGGGGCUGCACGAUUAUCACGAUAUUAUCAAAAAACCAAUGGAUUUGGGUACGGUUAAGGGGAAAAUGGACAAUCGGGAGUAUAAAAGUGCACCUGAGUUCGCAGCUGAUGUGCGAUUAAUAUUCACCAAUUGUUACAAGUACAAUCCCCCAGAUCAUGAUGUCGUCGCUAUGGGCCGCAAACUUCAAGACGUCUUCGAGAUGCGUUACGCUAAUAUACCGGAUGAACCGGUGGCCAAUGCUCAUGCAGCUGCCGUAGCAGCAGCAGCGCAUCACGGCUAUGGCAAACAUGAUGCAUCUGAAUCAUCUUCCGACGAGUCGUCAGACAGCGAAAAUGAGUCCAACUCCGAUGAAGAGCGUAAUGCGAGGUUGAAGAUGUUGGAAACAAAACUUCGCGACUUGCACGAGGAGAUGAGAAAACUAAUGGAGGAGGCCUCCAACAAAAAGAAGGCUAAGAAGAAAAUGAAAGAAAAGAAGAAGGCUACAGUCAGUGGAGCUAUAGGUGCCGGUGGGUUGGUGCCGGCGACGGGUGGUGGUGCAUUAGCAACUGGCGGCGCCGGCGCCGCCUCUGGUGUUACCGGUGCCAUGCACGGCCAUGAAAUGUCCUCUGCCAUGGCUAUGGGUCAAAUUGGUACGGGCGGUAAGGGAUCCGCUAUGACACCGGGAAUGACAGGGACAUCUGCAGCGACCACAGGAAAAGGUGCUAAGAGUAAAGGGCAACGUGGUCCUAAAGGGGCAAAUGCUGGAGGCGGAGCCGGUGGUGCCAGCGUCGCAGCUGGGGGUGCUUCCAAACGUACCAAAGGAAGUGCUGCUUCUGCUGCUGGUGGUGGUGCCAGCACUGGAACUGGAACAAGAGGACCCAAUAAAAAGAAACCAAGUACUCAGGCAAUGGUGUUUGAUUCGGAGGAGGAAGAUACCGCCAAACCAAUGUCAUAUGACGAGAAGAGGCAACUGUCUUUGGACAUUAACAAACUGCCGGGUGAUAAACUAGGACGUGUUGUGCACAUAAUACAAAACCGAGAACCAUCGCUGCGCGACUCAAAUCCAGAUGAAAUAGAAAUCGACUUUGAGACCCUGAAGCCCUCUACUCUACGAGAGCUGGAAAGCUAUGUCGCGUCUUGUCUACGCAAAAAAACCCGUAAGCCUUACUACAAGAAGCCCUCUGGCAAAUCAAAAGAUGAACAAAUGGCCGAAAAGAAACAGGAAUUGGAGAAACGUUUACAAGAUGUCACCGGUCAAUUAGGUACCAACAAGAAGACAGCCAAAAAAGACGAAUCAUCGAAUAAAGUGGAAGCUGUUCAGCCUGCAAAUCGCCCAUCAUCCAGCUCUAGUUCGAGCGAUUCAUCCUCGUCCAGUUCAAGCGAUAGUAGUUCUAGCGAUUCGAGUGACAGUGAAGCAGGCGAUGCCGAAGGUCCACCGAAAAAGAAAAAAACCCGCGAUUCAAAUGGCAGCAAUGUAAAUAAUACAGUUAUAACGACACCAACUAGUGCGAGUGGCGGUGCGGAUUCGGCGGCAGCUGCUGGUGCUUCAACAGCAGCAAUAGCAGCUGAUCCACCUCAAACCUUGAAUACUGUGCCGACAGCAUCGAGCACGGCUUCAGCAGGAACCAUGUCGUCAGUAAUAAGUACCCAAUCAACGUUAACAGGAUCAAGCAGCCAAGCAAGUGCUACUACUACACCACUGGGCGGACUGGGAAUGCUGAAUAGUGGAUCUCUGAUGGCCUCAACGAAUGUGUCGAUUGCAGGGCCGCAACAGCAACAUGUUCCCGGAAUGAUGGGCGUAACGACACCAACUUCAAUGGGAAGUGCCACAAUAAUAUCAAACAACAACAGUAACAACUCUCUGUCUGCGGCAGCAGCUUUAAAUAACAACAACAUAAAUCCUAUUAAGACACCUUCUGUCACACCUACAUCAGCAGCGAAUCCAUCCGUCGUUCCGACAACAGGAACAUCAUCUACAUUAGGCCUAUUUAGUAGUGUAAGUUCUGAUGUUGGAAGUGCCGGAGGUGGUGUUGGUGGGGCUAACGGCGGUGGCAGCACAAAUGGACCAAGUGACUUGACAAUGCCGCCAAACUCAUCUGUAAGUGUUAACACGGCGACGGCCACGGCUGCGGCACACACCAGCGCACUGAGCAGUGACGGUUGCCCUGUUAGUGCGACAAGUGUGGCCAGCAGUAGCAGCAGUGUUACACACACAAGCAAUAGUGCGGGAGGAGGCAUUCGCAUUGCCAGUAACCUUCACAAAUUACCUUCGGACGUUGUCGAUACGCCAGCAAGCAUAGGUGGCCCCGCAACCACGUCACAGGUGCCAUCUUCAGCUUCUCUGGCGACGGGUCUCAAACAAAUUCCUCAGUUCGAUGACCCUGUCGAGCAGUCACUUGCUUCCCUGGAGCAGCCCUCGUUGUUGGCACAACCCUCCACCAGCAAGAGUGCUGCUGAUAAUUUCCUAAUGGCUGCUGCCGCGGGUAUUAAUGCGGCUCAUUUAUUGCAACAGCAAUCAUCAGUACAACAACAGCAGCCAGUGUUUGGAAGUGGCCAGGCACAAUCGCAGCCGAGCCAGGCUCAUGGCGGGGGAAACAAUCAGCACCACGUCGAAUUUAUGAAUGAAUUGCUGUCGAAAGGUGCGGCAUCAGCCGCAGAAAACGUUCCGGGAAUGAAUGGCAACCAUUUUCCAUUGAUGCAAUUUGGUCUAAUGGAAGGUCUGAAUUCCAUGAUGCAACAACAGUUCCAACAAGCCGUUCAACAUCAGCAUGCUCAUAACAACGGUUACAAUAUGGGUGAUGUGGCAACUUCAAACGCACUCGACAGCCUUGGGAUAAGUUUGGGCCUACCGCACGGAGGUGGAGCGGGAGGCGCCUCUAUCUUUGACCAGUUACCGGGUCGAAAUGAUAAUCAUUUGCUGGCCAUGAUGAUGAGUGGCGGAGCAGCUGGAAUGCCUAGCAACUUGUCACUCGGGGGCCCAACCGUUGGAACAACGAUAUCGGGAAUGGGUGGAAAAAAGGAUGCUAGCUCCAGUAGCAGUAGCAAUGGCGACCAGUCGCAGCAGCAUUCAUCAAACAAGCUGCUAAUAACACCCAAGCCCAUCGAAUCAAUGAUGCCUAGUCCCCCCGAGAAGAAAGGCCAACAUGCAUCCCAGCAGACGAUAGGUGGCACAGUGGUGGCUCCACCACUACAGUCGCCAUCCGAUUUAAAAAUACCCUCAACAACAGCUGCAGGUGCAGCUGGCAAUCAAGCAAUCUUCGCUCCGAAUGUAAAGAAUCCCAGUUCAUGGUCAAUACUCGCCGGAUCGCCACAGAACACUCCCACCUCGAACAAAACCAAACCAGCCAUGGACUCAUUCCAGCAAUUCCGCAAUAAAGCCAAAGAAAAGGCCGACCGUCAAAAACAGCUGGAGGCCGCUGAAAAGGAAAAGGAACAGAAGCGCCAAAAGGAAGCGGCCGAAAAAGAGCAGCAGCGUAAGCAGCAUUCAAAACCACCACUGCACAUUGUCGGCGGAAGUUCGAAUUCCAGCAGCAGCGGCAACGGUAAUGGCAGCACCGGUCCAAAUAGUCUCUCUGGGUCGCAUCAUCAAUCGGUGAAUGUUUCAAGCGGUGUGCAACCGCCACAUGCACAUGGUGGCAGUGUAGCCAACCCGCAUUUAGCUGCAUCCAUAAUCGAAUCUAUGGAAAGCGGGAGGAAAAGCGUACACGACAUUCAGCCAUUAUCGCGAGUAGUGGACGAUAUCAAGGCUUCCCCACAGGGUUGUGGUUCACCUGCGGGCACAGCGCAGCAAUCGCCACAAGAUCGGGCAGCCGCCAAACGAGCUGAACUGAGACGCAUGGAACAAGAACGAAGAAGACGAGAAGCGAGAGCUGGUCAGAUUGACAUGAAUAUGCAAAGUGAUCUAAUGGCAGCAUUCGAAGAAUCGCUUUAAUAUAUGGCUAAAUAACUUCCACAUCGGAUCCUGUUGAAUAUAUCUCCUCUUUGUUGUCAUAAGAAAUUAAUUUAUAUACAUAACAUAAAUAUAUACAGAAACAAGAAAAGAACCCUAUAUCACAAAAAGGAAAUAAAACUUUUAAUUACCACAAA